CAGAGCUCACUCUACUCUGGAUGAGGACCUGGAAAGAUUGCUGCAGCCACCUGAGGAGAGCAUGGAGCUACAAGACCUUCCCAAGGGCUCUGAAAGGGAGACAAAUACCAAAGAUCAAGAAGUUGGUGAAGAGAAGAGAAAAAGGGAAGAUAGCAUCACGCCAGAGAGAAGGAAAUCAGAGAGUGUUUUAGGGACUUCUGAAGAAGAUGAACUAAAACCCUGCUUUUGGAAGCGACUAGGUUGGUCCGAACCAUCCAGGAUAAUCGUGCUGGAUCAGAGUGACUUGUCAGACUGACUGGAAUUGGAUCGUAGAUGGACUCCUGGCUUGAGUUUGAGUGUCCUGGUUGUGAGCUCCUUUCUUCUCUUUCUGCUUCGGUUACUUUCAGGGCAGCAGUUACAGUUCUAUAAGUUUCACUUUGUUCAGCUGCCACAAUAGACAUCAUCAUUUGGCCUUCUUUGUUAGCAGCACAUUCAACCAUUUGUUUUCAGUCAGAUUUCUGAAAAGUACGAGGUAGUUUUGAUUGUAAAAAUUUUUGGUUGUGCCUAGAAUGGCUUUGGUUUUGUUGAUGUUAAUUUUCAAAAACUUCAACUCUUGUUAUAUAAUAAAAUGUUUACUUUUAAUAACAGGU